CAGUCGAUAUUUAUUUUCAGUUGCACAAGCGGUUAAAUCUAUAAAUAAAGUUGACAGUCGAAAGGGUUUGGUUUGAGAAAAUGAAUAUCCACUUCUGAAGCAGUGAAAUGAAAAGAUUUCUAAUAUUUCGCAAUGGAUGUUCUACAGAUGGAAAGAUAGUUUCUGUUUCUGAUGCUGGGAAGUUGGACAAUGUACUUGCAGAUGCUGUUAAAAAGCUAGAAAUCAAUGCAAAAGUUUUGUACAAUCCUUUAGGGGCUGUUUUAGAUGAUGCUUCAUUAAUAAGGGAUGAUGAUAUCUAUUAUGUAUCUGAAGGAGAGCCAUUUAGAUCUCCAUUGAAACCCACAGCGGUACCCCCUGUUCAUGACAAUGAUGAAAAAACAUCAGUCAAGGGUCACACUAGGAACCUAUCUUCUGGAGGAACAACACCAUGUACUGAAUGGAUAACACUUAAUGUUGGAGGGAAAGUUUUCACAACUACAAGGAGUACAUUAACUCAACAAGAUCCAGACAGUAUGUUGGCUAGAAUGUUCUCUGGGGAAAAAUGUGUGUCUUGGCAGAGCAGUGUUGAUGAAACUGGAGCCUAUCUCAUAGAUCGUAGUCCACAUUAUUUUGAACCAAUCAUAAAUUAUCUCCGACAUGGCAGGAUAGUGCUAGAUAAAGGAAUGAGUGCUGAAGGUGUGCUAGAGGAAGCCAAAUUUUAUGGAUUUAGAUCAAUGAUCGAUCAUCUUGAAGAAUAUAUUGAGAAAAAUCAGAAAGCUGAUGAUAAUACACCUAUAACAAGAAGAGAGCUAGUGCUACGUCUAUUGGCCACACCAACUGACAAAGAACUCAGAUGUCAGGGUAUGGAUUUCACGGGAGCCAAUUUGUCUAAACUAGAUUUGAGAUAUAUCAAUUUCAAAUAUGCCAUAUUAAAGAAUUCUAACUUGGCUGGAGCCAAUCUAUCUUAUUGUAAUUUUGAAAGGGCGGAUUUGUCACACACAAAGAUGGAUUCUGCCAAUUUAUUAGGUGCCAAAAUGUUAUGUGCCAAUUUAGAAGGAGCAUCACUGAGAGGUUGUAAUUUUGAAGAUCCUGCUGGGAGUAGAGCAAAUAUGGAAGGUGCUCUGAUGAAGAAUGUAGAUUUAGAAGGAAGUCAUAUGGCAGGUGUUAAUUUGCGUGUUGCUACCUUGAAGAAUGCUAAUCUUCAAAACUGUGAUUUAAGAGGAGCAGUAUUAGCCGGGUCUGAUUUAGAGAACUGUGAUCUGUCCGGGUGUGAUUUACAAGAAGCCAACUUACGAGGGGCCAAUUUAAAGGGAGCUGCAUUUGAACUAAUGUUGAAUCCUCUUCAUAUGGCACAAACUGUCAGAUAGAACAGAACAAACUAUAAAGAAAUCAUUUCAAUCAGCAUAUAUAUCCAAAUCAUUUCUGUCUCUACAGUUCCAAUGUCUCAUGUGUCCAGUGGAGAAUAUUUGAUGGUUGAUAUCACAUUCUUAGCAAUGAACAUAAAGUGUAGUGUGGUUGAUGUAUAUAAUUUUUUUAGAAUCUGAAUUUGAUGAUCCUCAAAAAAUAGGCAUUUAUUCAUAGUUGUUUGAUAAAGCUAUGUCACUUUGAGUAAUAGAGAAUUGUCACAAUAUUAAAAAAAGAGAAAACAGUAGUAAAAAAUUACUGACGGAUUGUUCUCCACUCAAAAAAUAAACAAAAUUCCAAUCAAGUGAGUGAUUUAAGAAAGAUAGGUUUGAAAGGCAACUUUAGCUUCAUUGCAUUUAGUGAUUGGAGAUGGAUUUUAUGAUUUAAAUGUAGGAGUUAGUUAAUAGUGCAAUAAAAAUAAUUUAUUUAAUUGUGAGUGGCAUGCAGUUGACUGCAAACCUCAUGAUCAAAGAUAUGUUUAUAUAAUUUAACUUACAGAGGAAAUCAACAAAGUUGUAUGACAUUUUUGAUAAAGUUUUUUAUUUUUUAUAAAAUACAAAUUAAGGAGUCUCGAUAACAGCUGCUCAAUAAUAAUCUCAGUCAGUUGAUAAAAUAUAUAUAUUGUAAGUUAUGUUCACCAAAUUUGUAUGCCCUUUUGAAUUUUGUUCAGCUUUAAGUGGUUCUUUGAGGCCUGUUAUUAUAAUUUCUUAGGUUUCUGAAUUUGUUCUAAAAAUGUUGAGGUUGAAAGUGAUAAGAAAAACAUUUCAUCAUCAUUAUCUGGCUGCUUUUUUUCUAAAUACAAAUGACCAUUAAGUAGUUUAACCGAGCUCAUGGUAGUUAUUGAAACAUUAUUUUAUAAGAAUUUAACUUAUAAUGAAAAUAAUAAAUGUGCAAUAUAAUUUUGUAUUUGUAUGGUAGUUUCAUUGUUUUCCUUGAUUUUCUUACUUAUAUAUUCAUCAUAUUUCCAAUUCUUACUCAGGAAGGAAUAAGGAGUUAUACUCAUUUUAAUAAUCACCGUUAGGAGUUGCUGAUCAUUUGCAUAACAAGUGUAUACAAUAUGCACUCUUUUUGUGUCACACUCUCACACAGGAAUUAUCUAAAGGUUAUUGAAGUCUCUGAUAUUCUAUGACUAUGUAUUAUGACAUUUUUUAACAAUUGCAAUUCUGGUUUGGUUGACAAUUUAUAGUGGCUAUCUUAUAUUAACUAGUGUUAAAAUUAUAUAACAAAGCAGUUACAUUACAUUGGAUUGUAAUAUAAAUUUCUUCUUCUGUCUGAUCCGUUGGUGAUUAAUUUGACCAGCUUGUUCUUCUAUAUAUGUUUUAAAUCACUGAUCUCUUAAAAAGCUCUUUGAUAGAAGUUUAAGUUACAUAUGUGCAUAUUUUUAUUUCAUCAUUAGAUAUGUAGAAGCAGAUUUUUCGCAAAUUAAUGGAAUUUUGUUAUUUUGCUAAUAUAUAUAAUUGUAUUUUGUUAAAAUAUUGUUUUGUGAAUAUUAAAUUAGUCGUAAGACAUUAAAUGAAAAAAAA